CUGGAGGAGGUGCGAGCGGCAGUGACAGGCUGGCAGCCCAGACACUGCUGCUCCUCCACGGGCUGCUCCUGCUCUCCUGCCCGCCAACUUUCACUCCAGCCGGGGGCGCCCCCAGCACCCUGCCACCCCGGGAGAUUAGCCCAGCAGUAUACUAAGAGAAUGGCUGUGAGGUCCAGGAGACCCUGGAUGAGUGUGGUGGUGGGACUAAUCCUGGGAUUUACCGCUGCCUCCUGGCUCAUCGCCCCCAAAGUAGCUGAGAUGAGCGAGAAGAAGAGAAGGUCCAAUGUCUGCUCCUUCUACACCCCGGAGAGGGUCCAGGCAGGGCAGCAGGGAGGCAUGAGGAGCCCCUCCAGGGAUGGCCCCUGGCAGGGGAAAGAAGUGGUGGCACACAGCACCCCUGGACCUGAGGACGAGGACCCCAAGAAGGACAACAACAGCAGUAGCAGCAGGCACAGGGUUAACCACAAUGGAAGUGGGGACUGGGGUCCACCAGAGGACAGCCAGAGACAUUUCCUCUAUGUCGGGGUUAUGACAGCUAAGAAAUACCUGGACACCCGGGCAGUGGCAGCUUACAGGACCUGGGCACCCUACAUCCCGGGCAAAGUGGAGUUCUUCUCCAGCCAGGGCUCAGAGGAGAUCCAGCUGCCGGAACCAGUGCCAGUCAUCUCCUUACCUGGGGUGGACGACUCGUACCCUCCUCAGAAGAAGUCCUUCAUGAUGAUCAAGCACAUGCAUGACAAGUACCUGGAUAAAUAUGAGUGGUUCAUGAGGGCAGAUGACGAUGUGUACAUCAAAGGUGACAAACUCGAACAAUUUCUGAGAUCUCUGAACAGCAGCAAACCACUUUAUUUGGGUCAAACAGGCCUUGGUAAUAUUGAAGAACUUGGAAAACUUGGACUUGAACCUGGAGAAAAUUUCUGCAUGGGAGGACCAGGGAUGAUCUUUAGCAGAGAGGUAUUGCGAAGGAUGGUGCCACACAUUGGUGAAUGUCUCCGUGAAAUGUAUACAACUCAUGAAGAUGUGGAAGUGGGUAGAUGUGUGCGGCGAUUUGGUGGAACUCAGUGUGUUUGGUCCUAUGAGAUGCAGCAACUAUUCCAUGAAAAUUAUGAACACAACAGAAAAGGCUAUAUACAAGAUCUGCACAACAGCAAAAUUCAUACAGCUAUAACACUGCACCCUAAUAAAAGACCAGCAUACCAGUACAGGCUGCAUAAUUAUAUACUGAGCCGGAAGAUUUCUGAAUUACGCUUUCACACUAUCCAGCUUCAUAGGGAAAGUGUUUUGAUGAGCAAGCUUAGUAACACAGAGAUAAACAAGCUAGACCAGCAGCUUGGUAUGAUGCCAUCCUUCAAUAGAUUUCAGCCACGGGAAAGAAAUGAAGUAAUUGAAUGGGAGUUUCUUACAGGAAAGCAUAUUUAUUCAAUGUCUGCAAACGCUCCACCAUCUCAGAGUCUAAAUAACCUUCUCAAGGUGUCUUUGGAUGACACAGUGAUGCAAUUAAUGGAAAUGAUAAAUGAGAACUCCAAAUCAAGAGGAAGGUUAAUUGAUUUUAAAGAAAUCCAGUAUGGCUACCGCAGGAUCCAUCCUAUGUAUGGAGUAGAAUAUAUAUUAGAUUUGUUGCUGUUAUACAAAAGGCAUAAAGGCAGAAAACUGACGGUUCCCGUAAGACGUCAUGCAUAUUUACAACAGUCGUUUAGUAAACCAUUUUUCAAAGAAGAUGAAGAACUAGAUGUGCAAAGCUUUUUGCAGAGCAUUAAUAGUGACACACAGUCUUUCUCAUUUCUCUCUAACUCAUUGAAAAUGUUUUCUGCUCUUCAUAUGACUAAGGAAAUGAAAGAAAAGAGUGACAAGAAAAUACAUUUCCUUGUUCCGCUCACCGGAAGGUAUGAUAUCUUCACAAGGUUUAUGGAAAAUUAUGAGAAGGUCUGCCUGAUCCCGAAGCAGAAUGUAAAGCUAGUCAUUAUUUUGUUCAGUUCUGAAACAAACUCUGACUUCAACAACCACAUAGAGCUCAUGGCAGAAUAUCAGAAUAAAUACCCACAGGCGGAAAUGACUAUAAUAAAAAUGUCAGGACAGUUUUCCAGGGGGUUGAGUCUUGACAAGGGAUCUGCUCAGUUUGAUAAUGACACUUUGUUGCUCUUUUGUGAUGUAGACUUGUUGUUCACAUCAGACUUUCUACAGAGGUGUCGGGAUAACACUAUUCAAGGACAACAAGUGUAUUACCCAAUUGUAUUCAGUCAGUAUGACCCAAAAGUAAUAUACGGGGGAAAUCCUCCUGCCGACAGUAACUUUGUCUUUACAAAGAAAACAGGCUUUUGGCGAGACUAUGGAUAUGGUAUUACUUGUAUUUAUAAACAUGACCUACUGAAUAUUGGUGGCUUUGAUACUUCCAUCCAAGGAUGGGGCUUAGAAGAUGUUGACCUCUUUAAUAAAGUUAUAUCUUCUGGACUCAAAGCUUUUCGAAGUCAAGAAACGGGGGUGGUUCAUGUUUUUCAUCCUGUCCAAUGUGACCCCAAUUUAAACCCUAAACAGUAUAAAAUGUGCCUGGGUUCUAAAGCAAGUACAUUUGCAUCUGCUUCUCAAUUAGCAGAGAUUUGGUUAGAGAAACAUUUAGGUGUUGGAUAUAACCGAACGCACUCCUGACAUGUCUACUUACUCUGACAUCAAGAGGAGUUUACCUCAUGCUGUAAUUUGUCAUCAUUGUCUACAAACUCCUCUGUGUCUUCCAAAGGAUAUUUGCUGUUCAUUGACACUGAUUUUUGAAAACUCUAUUGAUUAUCUUUAUUUUAAUUUCCUGCUGAAGAUGAGGUUACUAUUCCCAUUUUUGUGUUUGGAAAUGAGUUAAGAUUUGCCAAUGAGUUACAUAUUCUCAAGGAGCACACUUAUCAAGACUACACCAUUCAACCAAGGAGACAGCUCUUAAUGGGGAAUAGGAUGUGAUAUCAUUAUUUUGUUUCUUAAUGUGACCCAAAUAUUUGCUGGCAAAGGUACCACAGAAGUGCAUUAUGCUUCCCUUUGGGAAGAGACUUGAGUUUUCUAAUUUAUAACAAGACUUAAAUAUAUAAACACUACUUUUGUUCAUCUUUAGAAUUUUUAAUGUAAAAGAUAACUAUGAUUGUACGUUUAUUUUUUAAAACUGCAUUAGGAGGGUCUUUUCAUGAACAGCUGGUACUGGCUACCAAGGUCCAAAAUGUCUUACUAUGUGUCCAUUUUUGAAUGUGUUCCUCCUAUAAUAAAUCAACUCUUUAUUCUCUAGGGAAUAUAACUGCAUCAGAAUUCAAAUACUGUAAAUUCUAGAAAUCAUUUUCUAUUACACGUUGGCAAGAAGAUGAAUCGUAUGAAAAUUAGUAUUUAAAACAACACAUUUUUAACCAUAUUUCCUUCUUUUUUUUCAAGAAAUAUGCAAUUUCUUUUCAUCCGAUUCCAACCACAAAUAUAUUCCCAUUCAUUUUCUUGUGCUGUGAGACUAAUGUGACAAAUUGCUGGAUAGUUAAGGGUGCAGUGCUGCUUAGAUUGUAUGAAAAAAAAUAAUAAUUAUCUUUCAAAAUUGCC